UAGCAGUGCACGUAAUCAGGUUGCCUAUUUUUGGUCGGGAUUUCAUUGACAGCAACAUUGUUGAAAAAUGUCAAAGAGCAUCAGAGCUGUGUGAAGGAAUUAGUUUGACGAGGCAUAAACUUGCCACGGCAGCAUGCAGCUGGUAUGCUUUAUUGAACUCCGCCAACUUUUGCAGGUUUCCUGCAAACUAUUCAUCAACCAAUAAUAUUAUUAUUAUAAUUAUUUUAAAGUAAAUCGAGCCAGUUUGCGCUGAGCGUCUCUGACUCGCCAAAGUUAGUUACCUUGCGUUUCUAUUACUAGUAGAUCUACCCUACUAGCUGAAAUGGCAACAGCACCUGAUCGGCCUAAAGAAGUGGAUGUUAUGAAUGGACCAAGAUUUGCGGAGCAGGUCGCUAUUGUUACCGGGGGUGCUGAUGGAAUAGGCAAGGGCAUAGCGAGACGAUUGGUGUUGGAAGGCUGUAGAGUGGCCCUGUUUGAUAUCAACCCAGCCAACUGCCAGAGCACAGCUACAGAGCUCCAGGAGGAGGCACUGAGGCAAGGGAAACAACCGGGUCCGGGAAUUUCUGAAGUGAGCGGAGACCUAAACCAAACUGCUAGCCAAGCUGCAUCAUCAGUCGGCAUGGUAACGUGGCACGUUGUGGAUGUUACCAGUGAAGAUGAGCUACGUAACGCAGUGCAGACGGUCGUGGAGAAAUGGGGCAGACUCGAUAUUGCCGUGAACUGCGCCGGUAUUCUGGGACCAAAUGGAAUGAAAAUUGCUGAUGUUUCAGUGGGCGGAUUUGACCUUGUCCAUAGGAUCAAUAUGACAGGCAGCUUCCUGUUAACCAAACACUGUAUUCCACACAUGUUGGAACACAACUAUGGACGCGUCCUACUCGUGGCAUCCUUGUCGGGGAAAAUUGGUAAUCCAGGCCAGGCUGCCUACAGCUCAAGCAAAGCAGCUGUUAUUGGACUUGCUGAGUCUGUUGGUAAAGAAUAUGCUGAUACGGGCAUAACAGUCAACAGUCUCUCUCCAGCCACCAUAUAUACACAGCUGGUGGCCAACAUGCAUCCCAAUCAGGUCAAGUACAACACCGAGAGAAUACCAAUGAAAAGGUGUGGCACUGUUGAGGAGGCAGCUUCAAUGGCCUGUUUCAUUGUGUCCAAGGAGGCAUCAUUCAACACCGGCUUCAAUUUCGACUUGAGCGGAGGCAGAGCGCCGUUUUAGCCACCCGGUUUCAACCCAUUACAAACAUGAGUAGAUCUUGCAAACAAAAAUUCAGCAAAUCCAUUCUAUACAUAUUUGAUUAGGUAUGAAAAGAUCUAUUAUUUUUCAGAGUCAAAUGUCAUGGCAUUAGCCCACUCUCAUCAUGACUUUGGUACUAUAAUGUAGUACAGCCUCAGUAGCUUGUUGGCAGAGAAUCCCUCAGUGUAAUCCAACAUUUUAUCAAUCCACUCUGUACAAACUUGAUUGGAAAUUUUAUGGAAAAUUCCCUAAUUUAAUAUUAGAGUCAAUCUCAAAGUCAAAUAGGCAUGGCAUUAUCCCA